UGCUAUAUAACCGGAUCCCCCCUGCUCCCCGGUGAGGACUGCACGUUGUAUGUGUGCUGCUGGGGAGCACAGGCUGUCUCUCUCUGCAUGGCUUCCAGGCGAGGACUCCCUCACAGAGCAAUCAUGAGCAGCAGCAGAAUCAGUUUCUUCGAGGUGGAAAUCCUAGACUGCAGAACCAAGCAGCAGUUGUGCUUUCUAGAUAAGGUAGAACCAAAUAUUACAGUAAACGACAUCAAAUUGAUGUUUCAAAAGUGUUAUCCUCAGUGGUAUCCAGCAAGACAAUCAAUACGGUUAGACCCCAAGGGAAGGUCAUUAAAAGAUGAAGAAAUCCUGCGAGAGCUUCCAGUUGGCACCACAGCUACCUUAUAUUUUAGAGACUUAGGUCCCCAGAUUGGAUGGACUAUGGUCUUUCUAACAGAAUACGCAGGGCCGCUUUUUGUAUACUUUUUGUUCUACUUCCGGAUGCCUUUUUUCUACGGACUAGCCAAGGCGUUUACAUCGAGCCCGCACUCUGUUGUACACUUGGCGUGCUGCUGUCAUUCAUUCCACUACAUCAAAAGAUUGAUUGAAACAAUAUUUGUUCAUCGAUUUUCACAUGGGACAAUGCCACUGAAAAGUAUCGUGAAGAACUGUUUCUACUACUGGGGGUUUGCAGCGUGGCUCGCAUACUACAUCAAUCACCCUCUGUACACUCCACCCUCUUAUGGAAAAAAGCAGAUUAGCUUAGCUAUGAUCAUGUUUCUGAUAUGUGAAACUGGUAAUUUCUCCAUUCAUGUAGCACUGAGUAGUCUGAGAAUAGAAGGUUCCAGGUCACGGAGGUAUCCCUUCCCAACACGAAAUCCUUUUACAUGGUUGUUUUUCUUUGUGUCAUGCCCUAACUAUACCUAUGAGGUAGGAAGCUGGAUUAGCUUCACUGUGAUGACCCAGUGUGCUCCAGUUGGACUUUUUACGUUGAUUGGUUUUAUUCAGAUGACCAUUUGGGCAAAGGAAAAACAUCACAGAUAUAUCAGGGAGUUCAAGGACUAUCCAAGAAUACGGAUGUCAAUAAUCCCCUUUCUACUGUGAAUAUGCAAAAAACAACAUUAUUUUCUUUUACCUUUGAUACUGAAUUCUAGCUUCCUAUGACUUCCAGAAGAGCAUUGUUUUUUUUUUUUAUAUAUUUUUUUCGUAUGGCUUUUUCUGCAGGUUUAAAUAAAUGUGACCUCCAUUAUUGUAAAAUACAGCAGUAAAAAGUUAUUACAGCUACAACUAUUUUUAAACCAGGUGUUGGACCUCUGUAUCAUAUUGCAAUAUGUCAUACGAUAGGAGACAGUAAAGGGCUUGUCUGAGUAAUUCUAUUUAAUAUUUAUUUUUUUGAAUAGGCAGGGAAUAUAGUAAAAUAAAAAGGUGAUACUAGCCAUUCCAGACCCUUUCUAAUUCUGUGCUGCCACUCUGAUCCUCCCCACAGGCCUUUUCUGACUGCAGAGGUGAUGUACGCGUAUACUGCAUGUGACCGAUCCAGUCUGUCACUGGUCUCAGCAGUCUUGUGCCAUAUCACGGUGAUGUGCAGAAUUUGGGUACAUCAUUGCUGAAGCCAAAAUCAUGACGUCCUGGCUGCACAGGACAGGAGUGGUAGUGCUGGAACAGAGGGGGACCAGAAUAGGGAGUAUAAUUUUAUUUUAUUUUUUUUAUAAAAUAAUUUUAUUACCUUCCUUGCCUUUUACAAAAAAAAAAUGUAACUUGGACAACCCCUCUAUGAAGCAUUGAUGGCAUAUCGCUAGGAUAUGCGUCAGAUAUCUUCAGAUCCCAUCUCUGGAACUGGCUCCUAUCUCCAGAACGGGGGGCUCCAAAAUGAAGAAGAGCACACUGCACAUGCGUGGACUUUCGAGCUGUUUUUGGUAGUCCCAUACAGGAAGCGCUGCCUCUCCAUUCAACAUUAUGAGACUAUUGGAGAUAGCCGGGCCAGCACUUGGCUAAUUUCAGAACUACAUAGUGGUGACUGGAAGGUGGCUGUGCUUGUGCUGCUCUCCCUUCACUUCGGGGGCCCCAUUCUGGAAAUAGGAGUCAGUCCCAGAGGUGGGACCCACACCUAUUUGACAUUGAUGGUCUAUCCUAACCAUAUGCUAUGGGAAUAUAGAUUACACCUACAGUGAAUGUUACACUUCUAUGUUGCAUAGUAAUUUCAGGAAAAUAGCAAUAAUGUGUUUAAAACGAUACUGAAAAAAAUAUAUCUGUGAAAGGGUUUAAUAUGCUGUUCUAUGUGCGGUCAGCAUAUUUUAUUACAGGAAAACAUUCAGUAUAACUUGUCAUUUAUACAUUGACUCCUUACUUGGACCUUGUGAGUCCAGGAGGUGGUCUUAUCAGUGAUUGACAGGACUCCCUGUAUGAGUAUGCAGUUGACCAUUAUGUAAAACCGCCUACCGGACUUUUAAUAGAUUUUUUUUUUCAGAUACCUCUUUUCAGCAGGAACUGAGAUUGGUCUAAUUUCUUCAUGGCCCAUUCCCUGUGUAAUAACAAUUUUGGAGCAUUUAUUUUAUGAAUUAUGACUCUCUAUGAUGUGCUGUUUCUUUAUUAUACCUGAUAGAAGUUAAGAAUGAUUUGUUAGCAGUUUGCAGUGAAGGUCAGCCGUUGUGUCCCUGCACAUUCUGACACUAUCCAAUCAGUGCUGCCAGUGUUGUACUGUGCAGGGACACACCCCCAACUGGUAACACCCAUCUGGACCUUUUGUGGCAAACUGAUAGGAAUAAUAACUGAAUAAAUACUUGAAUAUUUCUGGACCUCAAAAAUACAUAUUUGAGGAAUCCCUGAUUUUUGGGUUCAGAAAAUCAUUACCACAUUGCCAUAAUAGCAAAUUAAGAACUGCAAAAAAAAAUUCAGUUUUUGUAACCUGAAUGAUGAAGUGAUGCUUAGACAAAAUAAUAUACAGUUUCAUUGUAUUGUCUAUUGCUGGUUGACAGUCUCUUCUACCCUUAGGAUCCAUGCAUAGAUCCAGCUGCCCUAGCCUACUAGGAGCCUGUAUUGUACCUCCAUAUACCUCCAAUUUUAUAUGGAGAUGCAACAAAUUGUUGGUUAUUCUUCCCUAGAGGCACAAGGGCACCAUGUGGCAGCACAGGGAAUGCCUGAGGUUCUGUAUGACUGACCUUUAUGGACUACAUGUGCCAUGACAUUGCCAUGUGCGUGGACCCUAAAUGAGAAGGGUCAAGGCCUGGAUGUCAGAUCCCUUACUGAAUGAUGUUGGUGAAACAUUUGUCUGUAUAUGUCCUCCCCAAAGCAAUAACUCGUCAUUUUAACCACUUUAAUCAAUAUCAAGAAUAAAUAUCAUUGGAACAUGUUGUUUUAUUUUAUUAAUAUUCAGUCUAGUAUUGUUUUUAGGCGUCUUAACCAAUUUUGCCCCUAAUAAUUAGUCAAAAAGCACAAUGAUGGUAAAAUAAAACCAAAAAUGAAUAAGAGCUGGCAUACAUUUGCCAGACACUAGCUGAAAACGCAGUUUAUGUGCCCAGUCAUGUAAGGAACAUUUCGAUUAAAUAGAACCAGUUUGUACAAUCCCAGCACAUACUGUAGGGGCAAACAACUUUGUAAAAAUACAAAGUUAUUUAUAUAGGUACUGGAUAUGUUCAAGAAGCCUUAUGUACAAUCUAGAAGCCAAAGCUUAUUGCUGAGUUUUCCUAGAAUAUCACCAGAAGCCAUAGGAUAUAGUAAUAAACCAUUGCUGUUUUGCGCUGUGUAUUUUA